CGCUUUUGCUCAAGCUCGGCGUGUCUAGUCAGCCUUCUGCGUCCUGUCUCCUGACUCGCCUGUUCUCUCACCCGGAGCCGGAUUUUAGUCAUCCCAUUUCGUUACACAAUGGUUUCUUCCUCUCCUCUCGCCUCAGGCGCCGAAUCCGGCAACGAAGCCGCCAAAGCUUCCAAUCCUACCGGCGCUAGCACCGGCAGCGCCGCAUCCUUGAAUCGCCCCUCGUCGCCAACUCCUCCCGGUGGACCGCGAACUGCCCUUCGUCGUCGCGCAGCGGCUGAUCACAAGGAGUCUGUGCGGAAUGCGAGACCGGCAUCCACCAGAGCGGCAGGCGCGGGUGGCUCGUCGGGGACCAUGUUGAAGCUCUAUACGGAUGAGAGCCCCGGGUUGAAAGUUGAUCCAGUUGUUGUUUUGGUGUUAAGUUUGGGAUUUAUUUUCUCUGUUGUGGGAUUGCAUGUCAUCGCCAAAAUUACUCGCAAAUUCUCUUCAUAGAGUAGUCGCUGGUUGGUUCGCUUGCCUUCGCUCCCGCUACGACAACAGUUAUGUUUCUGCGCCAACGAAACGUAUACUGGAGUUUACGACGUGUUUCUCGAUGGGCGCUGCAGACUUAGUAUUCUGUGUGAUGCGCUAUUACCCCGGAUAUCAUGUUAGGACUGGGGCUUGCAUGGAAACCCGAAUGGCCGCCGUUAGCGUACACGAAUCUAUGCGCUCUAUACCUUUAUUUCGCCUUCGCUAAUCAUGCAGUGUUUGGUGAUGGAACCAUCCCUUAUAUCUUUUGAUCGAUAUCUACCCUCUCCUACUACCAAUUUUUUUUUUUUUUGGCCGGUGUUGCCCGCAUUCCCAUCUUCAUGAUUUUGCUAGGGCCUUCUGUGUGUCUUAUGUCUUAGAGGGGCCCAUGUUUUGUUGUUUUAUUUUCCCUUGUAAAUUAAUAGUUAUUCCAAGGAUAGC